UUAAAAGAUAAACCCAUCCUCUCUCUCCACCGUCAAUCAUGUAAAACUCUUUCACAAAUCCCAUCCACCCAUUGCCACCAAAAAAGGCCACACCACCAUUUCUCUCCCAUCACCCUCCCAAAAAAACAACAACAAUGGCCUCUCUCCAACACACUCCAAACUUCCUCCAAUCCACCAAAUCCCCACCGUCCAUUCCAUCUCGAUCGAACCUCAUCCACAACCUCUCCUUCUCCGCCACCUUCCCAUCCCUCAAACUCAAAGCCGCCGUCGUCGCUUCCACCACCAGCACCACCACUAACGGCGGAGCAUCAUCAGCAAAAAUGGCCGCGUCGGCAGCCGCCAGCUACGCUUCGGCGCUAGCCGACGUGGCGAAGUCGAACAACACCCUCGACGCGACGAGCGCCGACGUGGAGAAGAUCGAGAAAAUCUUCGCCAACGAACAGGUCUUCGACUUCUUCGCCAGCCCAGUAAUCGACGUCGAGAAGAAGCGCGAAAUGAUCGACCAGAUCGCGAGCUCGUCGGCCCUCUCGCCGCACACGGCGAACUUCCUCAACAUCUUGGUCGACUCGGGCCGAAUCGACUUGAUCAAGGACAUAGUGUCGGAGUUCGAGGUCGUGUACAACAACCUCACCGACACGCAGCUCGCUGUGGUGAGCUCGGUGGUGAAGUUGGAGUCGCAGCACUUGGCCCAGAUAGCUAAGCAGGUUCAGAAGCUGACUGGGGCUAAGAAUGUGAGGAUUAAGACUGUGAUCGACCCGAGUUUGGUGGCUGGGUUCACCAUUAGAUAUGGGAGUUCUGGGUCUAAGUUGAUUGACAUGAGUGUGAAGAAGCAGCUCGAGGAAAUUGCUGCGCAGCUCGAUCUCGGUGAUAUCAAACUUGGUGUAUGAGUUUUCAAGCUCGAAUUUUUCUGUGUUUUUUUUUUCUUUUUUUUGGGUAGUUAUUAUUGUAUGAAGUGUAAAGGCUUCGGAAUAUUUUGUGCUACUUUUUAAAUUUUGGGGAAAAAAAUUUGUUAUUUGGUUGAUUGUUGAA